UGAUAGUGGAAGCUGUCAUUAUGACAGCUUUUUUGGAAAAAUCUUUUUUCACUUGCAUCACGUGAGCGAUGCAUGACAAAUUUAAAGAAAUUUCGUUUGCCACUAAACAAAAGAGGAAAACAGCCUUCAGCUACAGCUGCCGUCUUAGUUCCUUUUUGUCGUGUAAAUAAUAUUACAACUUUACUUUAUACAGUGAGAUCAGCCAACUUAAAGAGCGCCAGUGGACAAAUAUCUUUUCCUGGAGGUAAAACUGAUAAAGCCGAGACACCAAUAGAGACCGCUUUAAGAGAGACAAGAGAGGAAAUAGGUUUAUCACCGGAAAAGAUAGAUAUAUGGGGUUGUGGUCCAGCUUUGCCCGGUAGAGACAAUAAAAUAAUGAUUACACCAGUUAUUGGUUGUGUUGCAGAUUUAAAAGAAGAGGAUUUGUGCCAAAAUAAUGACGAGGUAGAAGAAGUGUUUGCUGUUCCCAUUGAAAACCUGUGUGAUCCUAAAAACCAAUAUCAUACUCAGUUUUCCAAUGGAUUCAUUCUGCCAGUAUUUAUUGCCGAUGAACAUAAAAUUUGGGGCUUAACCGCUUAUAUAACUCAUAUGUUCUUGAGCUGUUUGUUACCUAUAGACGUCUAUAGGAACGAAUGGAUGAAAAAAAAAAUCGAUAUUAAAGAUAUUAAUUGAUG